CUAUUGGCACUCAUCUUUUGCAUUGUGGAUGCUGAUGGGGUGGGAGUUUGACAGAAAAUAUAUGUGCAACUGUUGAUUGACAACCUUCAACUGCGUUCGUAAUAACGGCACGAUAGUUCUGUCAGCGACCAUGUGCAUAGUUGAUUAAAUAAUUCUGUGUAUUAUCAGCGGAGAAGGUUUUUGUAGUUUGUAUUAUCGCACUCCUUUUUCCCCUUUUUCCCUUCGCUUGUUCGCGGCGUUGUGUAUUUAACCAUAACCUAGCCAAACUCUGAAGAAAUUGCGAGUAAAGUGUUAAAUUAAUUCAUAUUCCACUGUCAAACCUCUCAUAUUUAUUGGCUUUGUAUCUUACCAUCACAAUUUUAAACCUCGAAUUAUGGCUGCAAUUGAUCCGGUACUUUCUCGAGGGGUCAAGCUUCUGCUCAGUAAUGAUCCUGAUGCUGCCGAGCAGCUGAGGUCAAUGCUUGCUGAUGCACUUUGCAACAAGUAUGGAGCAGGAGUAAAGUUGCCUCCGAAGGUUGCCAUUGAGGAACCAUCAACAGACAAAAAGCUCUUUGACUCAGCCUUAAAGCUGAAUUCACCAUCACCACCAGCUGCUGCCAUAUCUGAUGAAUCUAGUGGCUCAGCUUCUGCAGAUCUUGAUGAUAGCUUUUCAAUGAAUUUCACUGAGCUAUCUUGUGUGGUGUGUGGCCAGUUCAAUGUUGGAGUUCGCAAUCAACUCAUGGAGUGCAGUUCCUGUCAACAAUUGUACCAUCAAGAUUGCCACAGUCCACCUGUCAAAGAAUUAUCAAGUUCUCCAUGGGAUUGUGCUGAGUGUUUAAAGAAAAAACAGCCGAAAGAAGUAAAAAAAGAAAUCACCUCACCUGUAUCCGGAGGGAAACCUGCAUCAUUUGCCAGUCUUGGUGGCAGUUCAAAUGGAUCGUCUCAUAAAAGCAAGUCAAGUUCCAGCUCCAGUUCUCACAAGUCUUCGAAAUCCUCAAGUAGUCAUAGCAGCCAUAGUAGUAGUAGUAGUAGCAGCAGUAGCAAACGGCAUUCCACCUCUUCCUCUUCAUCCUCCCACAAGUCAUCAAGCCAUCAUAAAAGUAGCAGCAGCAGACAUUCUAAGUAAACAGGCUCUGGACAUGUACAUAAAUGAAGAGAAUGUGUCAAAAGUAUAAUUUUUGUGCAUUCUGAUUCUCCGGUAUUUGACAAUGGCCUUAAGUGGUUUGGAAACAUUGGGAAACAUAACUCUAAGGAUCUAUUUAUUGAAGUGGUAAUUAAAUUAUUUUUUUCUACUCUUUGUGUCAUUUUUUAGGUACCUUUUCUGUACCUUUUCUGUAUACUUUCGUGUACCGUGUAUCCCCUUUCUGUAUUCGAUAUUUAAAUUAAUACCAAUGUUGUUUGCGACACAACUGAA